AUGGCCACUGUUGCGUAUUCUGGACAUCACAGGGCGAGCUCCGCAAGCUUGGCUGUCGGCGAUGAGCAAGCAACUCGUCUCCACUUCGGCAUAUUCUGGACACUUCGCGGAUCGAACCGAGAGCAAGGGACUCAUCCCAUUACUCAGGAUUCGGCGAUUUUUCGCUCGGCAGCGGCACUGGCGGCAUGCCGCGCGUUGUUGCCGCCACAAAACUGCCAUUUCCGGAAGAGUCCUCCUGUUGGUGCGGGUGGCGCCGGGGAGCCCUCGCCCGAGCGUCUGCGUGACGUAAGGCGUCGCCGCCGGGUGAAGGUUGGGAGCGCCAAGGCGAGCGGCCGCGCGGGCCGGGCGGUCAGCCCCCUCCAGCGGCAGCCGGCAGCCGGCGCGCCGCGCCUCCCCCCUGGCGCGCGCCAGUCCGCCUCGACGCUCCGUGGCGGCCGCCGCGCUCCGCUGUUCCGGCGCUGCCCGCCAACGCGCUCCCUCGCCCUCAUCCGCGCCAGCACCCGGUGCCGGCCCGCGCCGUCUUUUGCUUCAACCCUUCGGCUGUGCCCGCCCAGCAUCCACCACGGCGACUGCCAAGGAUUCCAAGAGCCGCAGUGCCGGUGGCGGCGUUGGCGACGGCGGCGGCGGUGACGGCGCGCCGGAGAGCGAUACGGAUCUGUCCAGCGGCGACGUGGUGUCAAUGGUGGCCGCAGCGACGCCCGCGGCGCAGCGCCGCCUCCUGCUGCUGGCCAUGGUGACGACGCUGUGCGUGCAGCUGCUGGAGCUGGGCGUGGCGCUGCUGCGGCCCGACGUGCG